AUCAGAUCUAAAGCCAAAGCGACAUUAAAUAAUAAAUUUAAAAAGGAAAAAGAAAAACAAAUGGGACUGCGACAAUAGUCCAAGAUUCUAUUAGAGGCGGCAGUUGGGUUCCCCGUGGAAUCGGAUGCUCUCAAUUUUCAAGUUUGUCUGUGCAGAAUGGACAGUGACUUGCCACUGGAAAAACUAUCAUUAGGGUCUAAAGAUCAUUAUACCGGGGAAAGAACAUAUGUAGUUUUACUUUCAGCUGGAAGUUUCAAUCCUCCAACAUAUAUGCAUUUACGUCUUUUUGAGCUUGCAAGAGACGCACUAGAUUUAGAGGGGUUCUCUGUUAUUGGAGGAUAUAUGUCGCCGGUAAAUGAUGCAUACAAGAAAAAGGAUCUUUUAUCAGCUGGACAUCGGAUCCCAAUGUGUAAUCUUGCUUGUAGAAGUUCUGAAUUCAUAAUGGUGGACCCUUGGGAGGCAAAUCAGAGUACCUUUCAGCGGACAUUAAGUGUUUUAUCCAGAAUCAGGAGUUCAUUGUGUGAUAAUGGAUUGGUACCGAGUGCAAACCUUAAAGUCAUGCUUAUCUGCGGUUCUGAUCUACUUGAAUCUUUCAGUACUCCUAAAGUAUGGAUUCCCGAGCAGGUCAGAACGAUAUGUAGAGACUAUGGCGUCGUUUGCAUCCGGCGAGAAGGUCAAGACAUUGAGAAACUUAUUGCCAGUGAUGAUAUUUUGAAUGAAUACAAGAGUAACAUCAAAAUUGUGGACGAAAUUGUUCCGAACCGAAUUAGUUCAACAAUAGUGAGGGAUUGUGUUUCCAGGGGUUUGUCUGUAAAAUAUCUGGUGCCAGACGAAGUAAUAGACUACAUCAAACAACAUAAUCUCUACACAAACUCUACAUAAACUUGAGAAUUGCUUGGCGGGAUUGAGAAGGCAGAAUUCUUGCUUGUUUAAUUUAAUAACUUAUCGGGUACGGGUAAGAUUAUCUGGGGAUGUGUCAAUUAUAACUUUGAAAGCAGCAGAUGCCUGUUGUGUUGGGUUGCAUCAUGCAUGGCUGUCAAUAGAUGUUGAGAUUACAUAUUGUUAGUUUAGCAGAUAUGCAAUGACAUAUUGGCUGUUUUCUUCAUACUUUAGCUGUAUUGUGCAAUUGAAAGCUAAACGUGUUGUCUUGUACUGUAGACAAAGAGAAUACUCCAUUGAUGUGUUGUAUUGUAUUACCUAUUCCUCUGCA